AAACAACAAAACCCUCUCUCACUCGUGUUUGCAAUUUAAUCAAAUGAGAAGUUUUUAUUUUGCGCAUUUGAAGGAGAAAGCAUAGUCGAAAAUGCAUUAACUUUACUAAUCAUGUUUAAUUAAUUAAGACUAACAAAACGCAUUAAUUAUAGCUGCAUUUGGACUCUCUUAAUAAAAAUGAUUAGUCCACUCUAACUCCUCAAUUUUAGUCCAUUUUAUUUUAAACUUCUUCAAACCCCAUCCUUCUCCCUCCUCCAAAUCCCUUCAUUCUUCUCUUUCCACUCACUCAUUCUCUUUCUCUCUCUACAAAAAUCCAAAUCUUUCUUUUCUGCAUUUAGCAAAACCAGAAAAGAUCUUCGGAGAGGAACCCAUCUCUUCAAGAAACCUGAUUCCACAUCAAUAAAACUGUAUUGCUAGAAUUUCGAAGAAACCCUUUUGAUUCUAUUUUUUCCCCCAAAUCUUUGAUGCCACAUUCAUCGGAAACAAUAAAAGAAAAACGCAGAGAGAGGGGAGCGAAGCAAAAGAUCGAAAUUUGAUUGCCCCCGGUUCCUGAUUUUUGGGGAAUCCGAGAAAUAUCUGCAGAUUGGAGCGGGAAAAAAGGGGUGAAUUCGGAAGUGGGGGGAUUUCUCAAAUCUUUCAAGAAUUUUUCAGUGGAUUGUGUCACAGAUGAAGCACAUUGACAGCCCAUCAACCCCUGGGAAAUUCAAGAUGGAGAAAUCUCCGUACAAUCGGCUGCGGCUGCAAUCUUCAAUAGCUAAGCUCACUUUUUGGUCUUUUGUAUUUCUUGGAAUGAUAUUCGUAUUCUUUUAUAGAUCACCGUCUUCGUCAAACCCCGCCCCCUCAGAUCUUUCUAGAAGGUCCCUUAGAACUAGCUCAUAUUCAGGCCCUAAUUUCGAAAAAAGGGUUAGACAAUCUGCUAAACCUAGGUCAAGACAUGGAAUGUCUGUGUUGGUCACAGGGGCUGCUGGUUUUGUAGGCACUCACGUCUCCGCCUCGCUUAAGAGGCGAGGUGAUGGCGUUUUGGGGCUCGAUAAUUUCAACAGUUACUAUGAUCCCUCGCUUAAGAGGGCGAGGCAGGCUCUGCUAGAGCGUAGUGGGGUGUACAUUGUGGAGGGUGAUAUCAAUGAUGGUGCAUUGCUGGCUAAGCUGUUUGAUAUCGUGCCUUUCACUCAUGUUAUGCAUCUGGCAGCGCAGGCUGGUGUGCGUUUCGCCAUGGAGAACCCUAGCUCGUACGUGCACAGCAACAUUGCUGGCCUUGUUAGUGUGCUCGAGUUUUGCAAGAAUGCGAAUCCUCAGCCUGCUAUAGUUUGGGCAUCGAGUAGUUCAGUGUAUGGACUGAACACGAAGGUGCCCUUUUCCGAGAGGGAUAGGACUGAUCAGCCUGCUAGUUUGUACGCAGCUACUAAGAAGGCCGGCGAGGAGAUUGCACACACGUAUAAUCACAUAUAUGGGCUUUCGCUGACGGGGUUGAGGUUUUUCACGGUUUAUGGACCUUGGGGCAGGCCUGACAUGGCUUACUUCUUCUUUACUAGGGAUAUCUUGAAAGGGAAGUCUAUUCCGAUCUUUGAGGCGCCUAAUCAUGGCACUGUGGCGAGGGAUUUCACCUUCAUCGAGGAUAUAGUGAAGGGCUGUUUAGCUGCGCUGGAUACUGCCGAGAAGAGUACUGGCAGUGGUGGCAAGAAGAAGGGGCCAGCUCAAUUGCGUGUUUAUAAUUUGGGGAACACGUCUCCUGUGCCUGUGGGGGAUCUUGUGAGCAUUUUGGAGAAGUUGCUUAAGGUGAAGGCAAAGAGGUUGGUCAUGAAGUUGCCGAGGAAUGGGGAUGUUCCGUUUACACAUGCUAACAUAAGCUUGGCUGAGGCGGAGCUUGGCUAUAAGCCUACAACGGAUUUGCAUACUGGGUUGAAGAAAUUUGUUCAAUGGUAUCUCAGUUACUAUGUUGAUGGCAAGAAGAGCGCACAGUGAUACAGUUUUUUUUUCAUGAAUUGUGCGGUAGGAUCGUUCUAUUCUUGUUCAUUUCGAUUCAUAUGAUUGUUUUCUGAACUAUUUUGUUCACCCCCUCCGAUUAUCUUGUUAUCACAUAUCUUGAUAAUGUCAUAUAAAGAUAAUAUCCAUGAUCCGACGAUGAAGAAGCUCUUUUGGUUAUUGGGCUUUGUUCCUUGGUGUUCUGACCUGCAUUGAAGCACAAAUCAAAUCUGGUCUCGAAUAGGAUUGUGAUUGUUGUAACUUUACCACUGUAGAAUUCCUUAUUGAGAGCAAUUUACUCAUUGAUGGACAUGUAUCAUUUGGAUCCAAUUCAAAUAAAUAGCAGAGAAUAGUAUGACUGCUAAUCCUUCCACAUAAA